AUGAGCUGUGAGUUGCCUUCUGUUGAUCUCAUGUUUAAGACUAGAGAUGCUGGGAAGAAAUCAGUGAGUAAGGGUAAACGAUCUUCGCAAAGUGCUUCACCGAAAUUGAUCAAACAUCCGGAAAAUUCUUCAAGUACUGAUCGCAGAAGGGAGGGAAGUGAUUCAGCUCUAUCAUCUGUACAGGUUUCUGUGGCAAAUCAGGUUAACUUACCCACCAAAGUUAGGAGCAGGCGUAAAAUAGACCUACAAAAACCCAAGAUGCUGAAAGAUUUGAAGUUUUCCGAUAAAAUUAUGAAGGACCAACCUAGUGUGCCCUUUCCUUUGCUCCAUGACAAAACACUUAAUCUCAAGGCAAAUCUUUCUAACUGCCUAUCGAAUGAUCGAGUACGGAGAUGGUGUGCAUUUGAGUGGUUCUACAGUGCAAUUGAUUACCCUUGGUUUGCUAAAAGGGAGUUUGUGGAGUAUUUGUAUCAUGUUGGAUUGGGCCAUGUUCCAAGGUUAACUCGUGUGGAAUGGGGUGUCAUAAGAAGUUCUCUUGGUAAACCACGGAGGUUUUCUGAGCAAUUUUUGAAGGAAGAAAAAGAGAAGCUUAAUCAGUACCGAAAUUCUGUUAGAACGCAUUAUACUGAACUUCGUGCAGGUAUCAGGGAAGGACUUCCAACAGAUCUGGCAAGACCUUUGUCAGUUGGACAACGUGUUGUAGCUAUUCAUCCCAGAACGAGGGAGAUUCAUGAUGGAAGUGUACUUACUGUUGAUCAUACCAGGUGCCGGGUCCAGUUCGACCGACCAGAGCUAGGUGUCGAAUUUGUCAUGGAUAUUGAUUGCAUGCCCACAAGUCCUUUAGAGAAUAUGCCCACAUCACUAGGAAGACAUGCAGUUGCGGUUGAGAAGUUAUUUGAGAACUUCAAUGAGCUCAAAGUGAAUGGGUGGGCAAAGGAUCAGAGAGCGGAAGGGUGCAUGAAUUUUUCUCCUGGUGACAACCUCGAAAAUGUUAAUGGUCCUUCUCAUUUGUCUCCGUCAAGUCAUCCCACCAAUUCUUUAAUGAAGCUGGCAAAGACGGCUUCAGUAGAUGCUAAUUCACAAGCUAAUAUUGGACUAAGAGACAGUGCCCCCAAUCAGCAGACAGCAUAUUCUCAGCCCUGUACACUGGCACAGAUCCAGGCGAAGGAAGCUGAUGUCCAAGCUCUCACUGAGCUGACUCGUGCUCUUGACAAAAAGGAAGCAGUGUUUUUUGAGUUGAGGCGCAUGAAUGACGAUGUGUUGGAAAACCAAAAGGAUGGUGAUCGCUCUCUCAAGGAUGCAGAGCCUUUUAAGAAGCAAUAUGCUGCUGUUUCUUCUGCAUUGUAUUGCUUGAGACAGCGAAACACGUAUCAAGGAAAUUUUCCACUAGCAUGGCCAAGGCCCAUGGCCCAUGUGAGUGAUCAAACUGGCCUUUUAGGCUCCUUUGAUCAUUCUGCAAGUCACACUCAGGAAUCGGGAUCUCUCAUCAAUGAAAUUGUUGAAAGCUCAAGAACAAAGGCCCGAACAAUGGUUGAGGCAGCUAUGCAGGUCGCAGAUCAGAUCCAGGCGAAGGAAGCUGAUGUCCAAGCUCUCACUGAGCUGACUCGUGCUCUUGACAAAAAGCUCUCCGUUACAUUAAAUGGAAACGGAGAAGGGGCAAAUGUUAUAUCGGUGUUCACUGGUAACUGCAUUGUACUAUUGGAGUGUUUUGCUAAGGAAGCAGUGUUUUUUGAGUUGAGGCGCAUGAAUGACGAUGUGUUGGAAAACCAAAAGGAUGGUGAUCGCUCUCUCAAGGAUGCAGAGCCUUUUAAGAAGCAAUAUGCUGCUGCAUUGUCAUCACUGACGGUUGGGGGGAAGGUUGAGGAGGCUGUAGACUACGUAAAUGAUCGGCUUCCAUUGGAUGAUUCUUUGAUGCCAGCUCCAGAUUCAGUUCAUGUUAGUUUGGCGUCUCAGGAUCAGUUGAAUUCCAGCCCAUUGAAUUCAUUGCAGGCAUCUGAUCCUAAAUUGAAGAAUGCAACUAACAGAAAAGAACAAAUCCCUUCAGAACUUAUAACUCACUGUGUAGCUACUUUGUUCAUGAUUCAGAAGUGUACAGAACGGCAGUUCCCACCAGCCGAUGUGGCCCAGAUACUGGAGUCUGCUGUUACAAGUUUGCAACCUUGCUGCUCAGAGAACCUCCCAGUUUAUUCAGAAAUACAGAAGUGCAUGGGAAUCAUCAGGAACCAAAUAUUGGCACUGAUACCUACAUAG